AUGUUCAUGAUGCCCUUAACAGCUACAGGAAAGAAGAUUGUCACCGUCCCUGCGGGCACUGCGAAGGACGUGGAUAUUGCAGUCGAUGCCGCGAGAAAAGCAUUUAGAGAGUCUUGGGGCUUGAAAGUCCCUGGAUCAGAGCGCGGAAAGUUACUCAACAAACUCGCAGAUCUCAUAGAAGCGAACGUCGACGAAUUCGCAGCUCUUGAAACUCUCAACGUCGGUAAACCUUUUUCCAUGUCGAAAAAUAUGGACGUUGGUUUCUCGGUUAUCGCUUUGAGAUACUUUGCUAGCCAGGCGGAUAAAGUUAAAGGAGAGACAAUUGAGUCGUCUGAACAGAAGUUUACUUACACCAGGCGCGAACCUUAUGGUGUAGUGGGAGGAAUUACUCCGUGGAAUGGUCCUCUGCUCAUGCUCAUUUGCAAAAUUGGACCAGCUGUCGCUGCGGGAAACGUUGUUGUUUUGAAGCCUUCCGAAUUCACACCUUUAACGUCUCUCAAAGCUGCCGGAUUGAUUAACGAAGCGGGAUUCCCCCCGGGAGUUAUCAAUAUUGUCAACGGAUUGGGUUCAACUGUCGGCCAUGCGCUUUCCUAUCACCCCGAUAUUUGGAGGAUCUCUUUCACUGGCAGUACUCUAACUGGGCGCAAAAUUCAAGAGGCUUCAGCCAAAUCAAACCUCAAAGUUGUCACACUCGAGCUCGGUGGAAAGUCUCCCAACAUCAUUUUCGACGACUGCGAUGUUGCGCAGACCGCAAAAUGGGCUGCCAGGGGUGUAUACUUCAACAUGGGCCAAGCAUGCAUUGCUGGCUCACGUAUAUUCGUCCAAGAAGGUAUUUACGACAAAUUCCUUGCUGCUUUCCAAGAAGAGACCAAGGCGUGGAGUCAACAUACCGGAGAUCCCUUUGAUUUAAACACCCAACACGGUCCGCAAGUCUCUCAGAUUCAAUUUGAUCGGGUGAUGGGAUACAUCGAUUCUGCAAAGAAGGAUGGAGCAACGAUCCUUACUGGAGGUAAACGACAUGGAAACGAAGGGUACUUUAUCCAGCCCACGAUUAUUACGGACACGAGGCCGGAUAUGAAGAUUAUCAAGGAAGAGAUUUUCGGGCCAGUUGCGUCGAUCAUCAAGUUCAAGACUGAAGAAGAGGUGAUUGAGAUGGCAAACAAUACGACAUACGGAUUGGCGUGUGGACUGUUUACGCAAAAUGGAGCGCGGGCGACGAGAGUGGCGCAUGCGUUAGAGGCUGGAACAGCUUGGGUGAACUGCUAUACCAUGUUCGACCUGAAUGCACCAUUUGGUGGGUAUAAACAGUCUGGCAUCGGAAGAGAGUUUGGAUCUGAGGGUAUCUACGAGUACACGCAGCUUAAGUCGGUUCAUGUCAAUCUUGGUAUUCAGAUUUGA